GGAAGGAGUGGGACGGAGGGAGAGACUCGCGGGGGUCCGACACGCACAGCCCCGGUGGACGACGGGGAUGGAGGGAGGAAGAGGCCGGAUGUGACUCCUGAUCCUGCAGAUGCAACCUGCCUGUCAUCCCGGUAAUCCGUUUUUAACGCAGCGUUUCCUGUGAACGGGCUGCAGAGGAGCACAAUGACAACCUGGUGAAUGCUCAGGAUGGAGUGAAGGCAGGAUGCUGGGAGGAGGAAGGUAGAGAAGCCUGGCUGUUUCUGGCUGUUUUUGGAUGUUUUUGGAUGGAUUGAUCGUUUCCCUCUUCAUUCCGCUGCUGCCGGUGUCGGUGUAUGAUGGAGAGCUCCAAUGGCUCUGGAGGCGACACCAAACCGCACAACCACCAGCUGGAGAAGAAGAGGCUGAACCGAGCUCCCUCCCCGGCCAGACCCUUCCUCAAAGACGUGCACUCCCGCUCCAAACCACCUGCCAUCGUCCCCAAAUCCCCCAAACUCAACAAGCAGCAGCAGCAGUCCGCCUCGGUGCCUUCAGCGCAUCCGAACCGCAGCUCCAGACGCACCGGGGCCAAGGAGAAGCCGGCCCCGGCCAGGAGUAGCACCAAGUCUGCUGCGGUCAAAAAGCCCUCCAAGGUGCCCCAGCAUGCUGCAGCUGAGCCCAGAACCUCCAGCAUCAGUCCGGUCCUGGCCAAAGGCAAGAAGAAGCUGGCCUCCCCGGGGCCUCUCAGCCAUGGAUCCCCGAUCCGGGUACCGACCGGAGCGCCUCUCGGCCGGGUCAGCCAGACCGACAGCAGCUCAGACCUGUCAGACUGUCCGUCCGAGCCGCUGUCGGACGAGCAGAGGCUGGCACCGGCCGCUAGCAGCGACGCCGAGUCCGGUACCGGCUCCAGUGACCGGGAUCAGCUGGGAGCGGAUAAUCCUCCCGCCGCCGCCGCACCGACGCCGCUGCGCACAACCGAGGCUUCCUCCUCCGCCAAGGGAAGCAUGUCUCAGGCUCUGCCCGCUCCGGGGUCCCACGGAGACAAACACAAGCAGGAGAAACCUUCCACAGGCGCACAGCCCAAACUGCCAAGCGGCAAAGACGCACCGGAGGAGGAGCUGCUGCGGGAGAUAGAAGAUUUAAGAUCUGAAAACGACUACCUCAAGGAUGAAGUGGACGAGCUGCGGGCCGAGAUGGAGGAGGUGCGAGACAGUUACCUGGAGGAGGAGGUCUACCAGCUCCAGGAGCUGCGCAGGGAACUGGACCGCUCCAACAAGAACUGUCGCAUCCUCCAGUACCGGCUGAGGAAGGCGGAGCAGAAGAGCCUGCGGGUCGCUCAGACGGGCCACGUGGACGGAGAGCUGCUGAGGAGUCUGGAGCAGGACCUCAAGGUGGCCAAAGACGUGUCGGUUCGUUUGCACAACGAGCUGGAGAGUGUGGAGGACAAACGCAGCCGAGCCGAGGACGAGAACGAGCUGCUGCGACAGAAGAUCAUCGAGGUGGAGAUCUCCAAACAGGCGCUGCACAACGAGCUGGAGAGGACCAAAGAGAUGGCACUGAGGCGACGAGGAAGCAGAGAAACGUUCAAAGACAAGAAAUCCACCAGUCAGGAGGACAGUGCAGACCUCCGCUGUCAGCUCCAGUUCGCCAAGGAGGAGUCGGGCCUGAUGAGGAAGAAGAUGGCGAAGCUGGGCCGGGAGAAGGACGAACUGGAGCAGGAGCUGCAGAAGUACAAGUCGGUUUACGGGGACGUGGACAGCCCCCUUCCUCUGGCUGAGUGCUCCGGCGGCGGCCCCCAUACGACCCGGGAGGCCGAGCUGCGACUUCGCCUCAAGCUGGUGGAGGAGGAGGCCAACAUCCUGGGCAGGAAGAUCGUGGAGCUGGAGGUGGAGAACCGCAGCCUUCGGGCGGAGAAUGACGACAUCCGCUGUCAGUACGAGAGAGACUGCUUCGGCCGGGAGCCUUUCUCCAGCAUGCCGUCGUCGCCGUACGGAGGCGACGUGCUGGAGUCGGCCAGCGAGCUGCGGCGCCACCUGCAGUUCGUGGAGGAGGAGGCGGAGCUGCUGCGCCGGUCCAUCUCCGAGAUCGAGGACCACAACAGGCAGCUGACGUCGGAGCUCAACCGCUUCAAGUUCGGUCCAAGCAGCAGCUCCGUUGGCGAGGAGGGCGAAGGAGGACUGUUCAAACCCGGAAACGGUGGGACCGGAAACGGCUCGAUGAUGAUGGAGGAGCUCAAGUCGGCCCGGAUGCAGAUCAACGAGCUCAGCGGGAAGGUGAUGAAGCUGCAGUAUGAGAACCGCGUCCUCAUGUCCAACGUCCAGCGUUGCGACCUGGCCGCCCACCUCGGCCUUCGCACCGGCAGCCCUCGAGACAGCGACGCGGAAAGCGACGCUGGCCGUCGGGACGCCGCCGAGGACGAGGAGGCGGGACGGCUUCUUCUCCUCCAACCCAAGAGGGAAGGUCCCAUCGGAGGCGAGAGCGACUCCGAAGACCUGUUUGAGAAAACUGCGACCACUUCAGGGUUCGGAAGCAUCAAACCGUCAGACGGCAGCGAGCUCAGCGCCACCGAACUCGCCAACCGCAGGAGGGAAGAGCGGGAGUCGUUCUCCAACGUGAAGCGAGAGGCGGAGCGACUCGGCAAGACGGUGGACCGACUCAUCACCGACACCGACAGCCUGAUCUUUGAGGGCAGGCUGCUGGUGACUACCGGAGACGGUCUGGACGGCGGGGCGACGUCCGGGUCCAAACCGGACACUCAGGUCCUGGACACCAUCAACACCCGCAUGAAGGCUUUCCGCACAGAGCUGCACAUCUUCGUGGAGAAGCUGGACCACAUCGGAGAGGGUCUGAGGGAAAGGACGGACGACCUCUCACCGAUGCCGAACCUCACCGAGUCCAGCAGCUUCCUGUCCACCGUCACCUCCAUGUCCAGGGACUCUCCCAUCGGCACCUUUGGACGGGACCUGGUGACGGACUUCCAGUCCGGUCAGAGGGAUGAGCUGGAGUGGCGUCUAGGACAGGAGCGAGGCGUGGAGCCCCAGAGCCAGGCCCAGAGCAGGGGAGCCCCGGGACCCACUAGGUACCACAGACCCCUGGCUUUAAGAGCAGAGCUCCGGGACUCAUCUGCCUCCGACCUCCAGUUCCGUCUGGAUCACGAGCGAAGGAUGAGAGCAACAACGAUGGACGAACGGGAGGCCGUCGCUUCUCUGCCUCAGCAGGAGGACGAGCGUUUGCGUCUGGAGGCUCAGCGUGAAGGUCUGGAGCUGCAGGGCCUCCAGAGCCUCGAGGCUCCGUGGCCUCAGGAGAGAGCAGCGCUGCAGCAGGAGGUCCGACUCUUCAGAAGAAACACCGUCAUCUUCUACAUGAAGCUCAGGUGGAUCCUCAUGCACUGGAGGCUCGGCCGGAAAGACGAGUCAGGAGAGGAGACGGUACAUCCAGAGUUGGAGAAGGUGGAGGGUUUCCCAGAGCUGGGGGUGAUCAUGGAGCAGGCGGAGGUCGAGUCCGACGACAGACUGAGUUUUCCACAAACUCCGGGAGACGUGAUCGACUCCGGACCCGUCGCCCCGCUGCCCUCACCGGACCGACACCUGCAGCCCCACAGACAGUUCGGUGAGAACCGGCGGGUGCUGCAGGCCCUGCGGACGCUGCUGGAGGAGUUUCGAGAGGAGCUGCGGGAGGAGGAGUCGCGGCGAAGCCAACUGCAGCAGUGCUACGCCAAUGACAAAGCCGCCUGGGAGGUCAAGUGGGCAGAGAUGAAGUGCCAGGUCGCUCAGCUGGAGGAGGAAGCCCGGGGUCGGGUUCGAGGCGAGGCUCAGGGAGGCGAUGGGGAGCCGACCGGAGACCCAGACCGGGCCUUGAAGCAGGAGCGGGAGGAGCACCGGCGGCUGCUGGCCGAGAGCCACAGCACGACGCUGGACCUCCGCUGGAAGCUGCAGCACGGAGAGAAGAGGUGGAGCCGAGAGAGGGCCGAGCUGCUGGAGAGGCUGGACCAGGAGAGGCAGGAGUGGGACGGCAGCAUGAGGGAGCUCCACCGCAAGAUGGAGAGGAUGCAGAGAGAGCUGAACACUCGGCGAGGCGAAGGCAUCGAUGUCAAAGAUGGCAGCUCGGCCCACAGAGGCGUCUUCUCACCUCAGGACAGUCCCUCCUGCAGCGCCCCUCGGUCGCCUCGGGCCCCUCGGUCCCCCUGUACCUCCACUCCUGGUCCGCCUCGUCCCAAACGCUCCCACUCCGACUCCGAGGCCAUGCUGGAGGAGCAGGGGGCCGCCAUGAGGCUGAAAGGCCCGACGGAGAACCUGUUCCUGGACGCGCUGUCUCUGGACCCCCUCAGCGGCCUGGAGGUCCCACCGCCCUCCAGACUGGAGAGUGAGAAGAAGUUCCCCUGCAUGAAGGAGGCCCUGAAUGAGAUUUCAGAGAGAGAAGGUGAUCCUGCGUACCCAGAGGACGAGAUGAGGGAGGGUGGAAGUCUGCUCAGAGCCAAGUCCGUGUGCUCCAUGAGCGACUUCCAGCGGUUAAUGGACAGCUCGCCGUUCCUCCCCGGCAAGACUCGCCACGGCGAUCCGGGCCAAGACGACAUCACCCCGCCUCUCUCCCCAGAUGACCUCAAGUACAUUGAGGAGUUCAACAAUAAGGGCUGGGACUUCCCGACGUCCGCCUCCGCUCCUGGUGCGGUCCGGGAAGGAGAGCCUGUUGUUCCUGAGCCAUUCCAGCCAGCAUCCUGGUUCCUCACCACCAGCGCCACCCUGACCACCAGCACCCUGAGCAGCCCUGAGCACUGCCACAAGUCCCCGCUGAGGGGCAACGGAGCCGGGGCGGCAGGGGUGGGAGUGGAGCACUACGGGGUUCACCUCCUCCACAGCCCCACCAGACCCGGGGCAGCCGAGCGCACCACUGCCCAAGACCCCGAAUUCCUGUACGCCAUGGGGACCAAAGCCAGGGGCGGAGGGGAGGCCGGGGUGGGAGCCAGUGGGUCGGACGAGGUGUUCAGCAGCGGGAGGUGGCCGUGUAUUCUGGAGGGUGGAGGGCUGAGGACUUCUCCCAGUCAGUCUCCUAUCUGCCCCACGGUGGGCUACGCCUCCUCUCUGGAGCUCCAGCUCUCCAGAAACUUGAGUGACGAUAUGAAGGAGGUGGCCAUCUCUGUGAGGAAUGCCAUCCGCUCGCCGCCAGGACCCGUCGUCCGGGACACCGCUUGCCAGACCAACGGGUUCACCACGCGAGGCACUCAGACCACUCAGACCAUCAGUGUGGGUCUACAGACGGACCUGCUGAGGAACCUGACCAGCAGCCCCCAUCGCUGCCUCACCCCGAAGGGCGGCGGCACUCCCAUCUCGUCCCCGUCCCGCAGCAUGAGGAAGGUCCAGUACUCUCCUGUGGUCCAGAGCAAGUUCGAGCGCCCUUGCUGCUCACCAAAGUAUGGCUCACCGAAGCUUCAGCGCAAACUGUCCACGUCCAACAAGGCCGAGCUGCCCAACAACAGCCGCGCUCCCACCCCCACCACGCCCCAGAAGGGGAACAACGAGUCGGCGUGGGCUCGCUCCACCACGACUCGCGACAGUCCCGUCCACACCACCAUCAACGACGGCCUCUCCAGCCUCUUCAACAUCAUCGACCACACCCCAGUGGUCUACGACUCCAUGCAGAAGUUCAACAAGUCGCCCAGUCGCUCUCGGCCCACGCCGCCCUCCACCACUGAGCCCAGCCCCGCUCACGGGGCUCUCGCCACAGACCCUCGGAGCGUGCAGGAAUGCCUACGGACCGCUCGUGGGCGAUCGCCAAGCCCCGUGCAGCUCAUAGUGGAGACACAGGGGGACAAAAACACGGAGGUGGUGAGCAUACGGCAGGACCUGUCCGCUCCGCCGGGCUACACGCUGGCUGAAAACACAGCCAGAAUCCUCAACAAGAAGCUCCAGGAGCAGAACUUUAGAGAGGAGAGGAGGCUGCAAGCCGGAGGACAGAACGCCCACAGCAGAGACAGCGGCAGGCAGGCCGACUCAGACAGAGGACAGUCUGGAUGUAUGGAGGACCUGCCUCGCUCUCCAGUGGCUCCUCCGCUGGACUCCUGCUUCCUGAGACCGGCCCGCCCGGCCAACCGCCGCCCCCCGUCGCGCUGGGCCGCCCGCUCCCCUUCCUCCUCCCCCAGGUGGAGCGAGGGCACCAGGAGGAGGUUCACCUUCCCGCCGCCGGGACACCGGAGGGCCAUCCUGGAGGGCGAGGAGCCGGCGUGAGGCCUCCUCUACCUCCUCUCACCCUCCUCAGCCUGAACAGACCCAGUACCUCAGAAACUCCCCCCGCCGGUCCAGAGACUCCCAGAGACGGAGCCUGGAGGCGGGGGUCCACCCAGUAGCACCAGCUGACCGUCGAGGAACCAGAAGAACCUGGAAUGUACUGUAGAACCACCGAAAAACACAUUUCCAUAAGAGGUGCCAGUACACUUGAGUUACUCAUCACCCCACACGUCUGUAAAUAUGCACAUGUAUGUAUCUGAUGCAUAUAUGUGGAUAUUUUAGCCACAAUUCUAAACCUCUUUUUCAGCUGUUGCAUUUCUACGUUUACACCAGGGGUGUCAAACUCAUCUCCAGUAAAAUCAGACCAUGACAACCUCUAAAUAACCGCAACUCCACAUUAUAAUCACAGCUAUCUGGAGCUGAACAAUAUAGGACUUUAAUUUAUGAUCAAAACGACAAAAGUCAGACAAAAAAAACCCCACCAAAAACAAGACAAAAUAUUACAGACACGAAACACAAAACGACACAAACGAGGAAAAAAAAGACAAAAAAUUAGACAAACGACUCAAAACAAAACAAAAAACAGAAAAAGUUAGAAAGAGACAAAACAACGGGCAAACGACACAAGUGAGAUUUUUUUUUAAAAACGACAAAAACGAUGAACAAAAAAACAAAGAAAAACACAAAAUGACAAAAAAGUAGACAACACAAGCAGGAUAAAAAAAAACAACAAAAUGACAAAAAUGAUGCACAAAACAAUGAAAAAAGCAAAACAGAAAAUGACAAAAAAUGAGAAACAAAAUGAUGAAAACAUGAGAGAAACAAAAAACAAGACAAAAUAUUACAAAAAUGAGACACAAAACGACCAAAGUGAGACAAACGACACGAAACAAAACCAAAAAGAGACAAAAACUUGGACAAAAAAGUUAGAGUGCCAAAAAAAUGGGCAAACGACUGAAAGGAGACAAAAAGUGACAAAAAGCAAGACAAACUAGUACAAAAACAAGACACAAAAUGACAAAAGAACAAUGAACAAUCUAGUAUUUCACUUUCUGAUCAAAACAACUUGUCAUGGUCUAGAAAUUAUUUUAAGUUUAUAGUUUUACCAUUUUACAAUCUGCAGUUAAUGUCUUCUCUGGAAUUUUUACACUUUGAGGGCCGGAUUGGACCCUCUGGAGGACCACUUUUGGCCCGCGGGCCUCAUGUUGGACACCCCUGGUCUACACCUUUCUCUCAUCGGUUUACAUGUUUACACUUUUAUUUCUCUCAGAUCACUUCAUGCGUUUUUUUUUUGUUUUUGUUUUUUUUUUUACAGGGUCAUUCAUUUUUCCACCUUUUUUUUCUUGCCAGCCUUCAAGCUUCACUUUUCUGUUUAGUCUCAAGGAGAAGCAAAACAACACAAACAACAAAGACAAAAAAACAACGACAACUUCUGCUUCCCCGGGUCCGAAGCGGAGACACAUGAUGUCAUUUCUGAUGCUGGUUUCUUUUUCCGUUGGGACGAAUGUGGGGCUCGGUAGAACAAACCUUAUGCAUAUUUGGAAGGCAGUUGUACGAAUUUGAGUGAAAUAUCUGCAUGCCUUUUGAACACUAGCACUUUAGUGCAUGUACAUACCAGCUCUAGUCUGUCGUGGUCGCUCAGCUCGGCUGUUUGGGGGGAAAAAAGAAAAGAGCUGUUUGUUUUUGUUGUCACAUGAUUUGCAUCUGAGCCUUUUUAAGUCAGUUAUUGUACCUACCGGGCUGUCUUUGUACAGUUGUUACUAUUGGAUAUGAGCAACAAAAAAUGAAUGUUUUAAACGAGAAGUCUACGUCAAAAACGGAUCUGUAGUCGUCUGUACACAGUAAUAAAUGGUAAUAAACAUGAAUGUGUAUUUACAAGA